AUGGAUGAGCUACAAUCGUUGUCCCUGGAUGAGAAAAGGAGCAACGUGGACCAUUUUGUUGACUACCUGAUAAAUAAUGGUGAAGAGGCUGAAUCAACAGUGCGUUGUCGAAGGCCUGAGUAUAUCAAUGAUCCUAUGGAUAUAGAUAGCACAGUAUGUGAAGAUGAGCCCAUGUUGAUGGAUAACGAUUUAGAUUUCAAUCUAGAUAUUUCAUUGAAUGACAAAUUGCAAUUCCAAGAAGAAAAAGAAGCAAAGAAGCCUCUACACAGUCCUAAGAAUACGCGGAACGGUAUCCUAAACACUAUGUUGUCACCAACGAGUUUGGGACUCAAAGUUGCCACUGCUUCCAAUAAUACCACUCCAAACAAGGAAAAUCAUUGGGAAGAAAUUAUACCAAACAAUGAAAAUCCCGUAGGAAAUACCAAUACACUUAGAGAACGGUUUCAAAAUGUUGACUGGAGUAAAACUCCAAUCAGUUUACAAAUGCAUCAUCAUCAUUAUUACCCUCCAGCAGACAAUAUCUCAAACUAUAAUCAAAUCAAUAACAAAUACACUACAGACAACAACGAAAAACUCCCAUUACCGUGGCAACCAGACAGCUCUCCGGAGGAUAAAACACCAUACAUUAUUACUUCAUGCUUUCAGCUUCUUUUGAAUUUCACAGCAACAGUAUACUGUUUUUCGUUGAUAUAUGGAUGCAUAAAAACAGUAAAGUCGGAUAUAAGUGCCAAAAUGGCUCAAAAAGUACAAGAACUGCUAGUAGAACGAGCCGUUUGCAAGAGGAACUGGAAUGAAAACGGGUGUUCACCGGAUCGAAUUGUGCCAGCUUUGGAACAACAAUGCGCAGCAUGGGAGAAAUGCAUUAACAAGGAUCCUUAUUCAGCAGCCGGCUAUUCUAGCAUUAGUGCAGAAACAUUGGGUAUGAUCAUCAAUUCACUACUUGAGCCCAUUGGAAUCAAAUCUUUCCUAUUUUUACUCGGAUCAAUGGCAGUUUUAUUUCUUUCCAACUUUUCAUUUGGGUUUCUGCGUGCAAAGAGCUACUACGGUUGGAAUUACCAGCACAACAGAGAUCCAGAUGAAAGAAUCAAACCCAACACAGAGAAGCCCAAUAUUCAAUAUCUUACGUAA